UGUUUGAAUACUUAAUAAAUUAACUUCAUCUUCUCUAAGAUAUCCAAAAACGCCAUGGAUUCACUGCAAAAUGGCUCAUCAAAUCACGAAGAAGCCGACGUCUUACAAGCCAUGCAUUUGGCUACCAUUUCAGCGCUCCCUUUCACUUUGAAAGCCGCCGUCGAUCUCGGCUUGUUGGAGAUCAUAUCCAAAGCCGACACUCCUUCCGGCAUGCUGUCGGCAGCCGAGAUAGUGUCUCGGCUUUCCACCAAUAACCCUGACGCCACUGCCAUCGUCGAUCGGAUUCUCAGACUCUUGGCGACUCACUCCAUCUUAACAUGCGAUCAAAUCACCGGAGAAGACGGGCAGACCCAAAGAUCAUACGGCCUCGCAUCGGUCGGCAAAUACUUCCUCCAAAACGAAGAAAUCUCCUUCGCUCCAUUGCAACAUGUCUUCCUCGAAAAAUACAUCAUCGAAUGCUGGAAAUUCUUGAAAGAGGUGACAAUGGAGGGAGGGUUAUCGUGUAUGAAAGCAUUCGGGAAGCACAUGUUCGAGCUGCUGGCGACCGAUGAUGAUAUGUCGAAAUCGUUCAAUCAAGCCAUGUCGGUUUACACCAACCUGAUAAUGAACCGAGUUCUGGAGAAUUACAAAGGGUUUGAAGGUGUAAGCCAAGUGGCUGAUGUGGGAGGUGGAGUUGGUACAAAUCUUAAGCUCAUUGUUUCAAAGUACCCACAAAUUAAGGGUAUUAAUUUUGACCUCCCCCAAGUUAUUAAAGAUGCAGUCCCCUGCCCAGGAGUGGAGCACAUAGCAGGAGAUAUGUUUACGAAAAUUCCUAAAGCCGAAGUUAUUUUCAUGAAGUCUAUGCUUCAUGAUUGGGGCGAUGAUCGAUGCUUGAAGUUAUUGAAAGUAUGUUAUGAUGCAUUGCCAGAGAAUGGUAAGAUUGUAUCGGUUGAAUCUAUAGUAUCAGACGUACCAGAGACAGAUAUUAUAACAAAGACUAUCUUCCAGCGAGAGAUGGCCUUGUCUCAAAUUCUUCCUGGUGCAAAAGAGAGGACCGAACAAGAGUUUAAAACAUUGGCAAAACAAGCUGGGUUCUCUUCUUUGAAAGUCGUUUGUCGUGUUUAUAAUCAUUGGGUCAUGGAGAUUUACAAAGCUGAUUGAUGUCAACGGUUCAAAUUAAUCUCCAUUGUUAUCAGCCGAGUCAAUAUUGUUUGUUUUAAAGGUAAUUAUUUGAUAUACUGAUAGAUUUUUUUACAAAUAAUUUUAAUUUACCGUCAUGUAUCUUCCUUUAUUAAUUUAAAUAUUAGUUAAGGAUACACGUGACGGUAAAUAAGAAUUAAUUGUAAAAAAAUAUUGUUGUCAAUUUAUCAAAUAAUAAUCCUUGUUUCAAUAAUAAAAUGUUAUAAUUAUAAUCUUGGCUUAUGUUAUUCUAUUGCUUGAGAGUUCACCGGUGAAAUAAUGUUCCGACGAGGGUUUUAUUCAAAACUGGAAUCAUAAGUUGAUGAUUUGGUGUGA